CGAGAAGUCAUCAAAAGUUACAAAAGCUUUUCUACACCGUCAUGGCCUCAUUAGCUCUACACCAAACGCGCUCAUUUAUCUCUACGUUCAGGUCGUCAUGGGCGCAGCUGCCAGCUGCUGCUUCUCUAGCUGCCAACUUGGACCUGCGGCAAAAGUCAUUCAGUUGGGCUCUACCAGGCUUGCAGUCCCUACUUGAACUGCUUCCUCCCAUUGUCCUAGCAGUUCCAAAGAGUAAAAUUUCUCACUCGCGAAAGUCGAUGCGCAGUGCAAACAAAGGACUUAAAGACAAGCGGAAUAUCGUCAAUUGUCCAGCUUGCGGAGAGCCUAAGCUCGCUCAUCAUGCAUGCAAAGCAUGCUAUUCUGCAAUAAUGAAGCGUUUUAGAAUGGAGACUAAGAGGUUGGCAACAGAGACGACGAAACGCAUGAGCGGGGGGAGCUGGUCGGAGGUCAAGGUGCCGCCCAUGAUUGAGAGCCCUAAGGACUCAUGAUCUCCAGUCAUCUGCGCAUUCCGUGCUCUAGAGUGAUCUGUGCCGUGGCCCCAACGCCAGUUGGGUAGAUGAUAUUCACUGUACUUACUCGACGACAAACUCGUAAUAAUCACCUUCAAGUCGUUCGCAUUCUUCUCCAGUUAAACAGAACGUGACUGCGUGGAUAUAAUCUUUUGCGAUUUUCUGUCGCGGUGCCCGUUCAGGUCACGCAAUGGAUCACUGGUCGCCACUGUAUUGCAGCAUGAGUACAAGAGUGAAGAAAAAGUUGAGUCAACUUUUCUCGUCAACAAUAGAAACCGGCCAAAAGGCGUCGAAGCUGGUCCUGUAGGUUCCAGUGCCUUGCUGGUACAUAACGCAUAUGAUUCUUCGUCUGUAUCUUCC